CUUAUUGUCGUGUAUGAUUCCGUUCGCGUAAGAUCUGCGCAGAGCUCAUGGAUUUUGACUCACGUUAUGACGUUAUACAGGAGUAAAAACAACCGAUAUUUCGCGGAUUGACAUCCCCUUGUGACCGUCAUGGGAGCUACUUGAGUUGUGAGAUAACUCUUCUAACUUAGUUCUUCUGUGGUUUUUCUUGCAUUGUAGUUUUUGUGUGCAAAAGUAAUCAUGGAACUGACAAGAUAUUGGUGUGUUGGCCUACUUCUACUAUUGAGACUGGUUUUGGUGCGGUGCCAGCAACAAUUCAUCGAUGAUGAAGAAGAAGAAUUCACGCCGAUCGUUACAAAUAGGUGUGAGCGAGGCCAAAUGAUCAUAGAGGUGACUACGUCACAACCCUUCCGAGGCAUCAUCCACACACGAGAUUACAGAACGAGGGAGUGUGCAGCGCAUGGACAAGGUGGACGCACUACCACCCUCACUCUGGACCUUCACGCUGACAAGGAUGAUCCCCGAUAUUGCGGCGUACAAGUCAGAAAGCCGAAUUCGGGGGACAUUAUUGUCGCUUUAGCUGUGAGAGUUCAUCCAACUUUAGAACUUUCUGAAGACAAAUAUUUUUUCCUCAGGUGUGGUAAAGCUGGAUUUAGAAACGCCAGGAAUGAGACUUCAAGGGUCACUUUGAACUUCUAUCAGAAUGGUAAAAGAGUUCAAGAGCUUAUAUAUAACCAAAAUUAUGAACUCAGAGCAGCGAUGACAAAACCAGAUAAUAUCCACAAACUGAAAGUUCGCUCUUGCCUCAGUUUUGCACCAAAUAACUCUGAAGUUUUACUCAUAGAUUCAAAUGGGUGUCCACUUACGCGGUUUUUAACGGCAUUCCGUUAUAACGACACUACGCAUUCAGCGAAUUCUGACUUAUCCGCUAUUUUUAAAUUUCCGGAUAGCAACAGGGUUCACGUACAGUGUGAUGUGGUCUUGUGCAAGGGUGCCUGCGAACAAGGUCCAUGUCGUAAAGGCUCUGAGCCUUUACCCAGAGCCUUACCGCGAAUUCGGAAUGGCACAGAUGAUGGCCAGUUGAUGGCGUCAACUUCAGUUUUCGUCCUUCAACCUGGGGAUCCCAUACUGGCAGAAUCAUUGGAAAGUUGCACGGAAUGGCGAUUUCCUUGGUUGAUAGGACUCUGCAUUUGCCUUGCCAUUUUACUUCUUGUCAUGCUUAUAGUCAAUAUAUUCCUGUGUUCCUCACUCACCUGCACAUGUACAAAAACUGAGGUAGUUGAUAAAGAACCAUCUGAGAUGGAUGAUUAUGAUCCUUACCGUGUCGGAUGGGUAUCGGGCUCUCACUACGGUUCCCGAAGCUCCUUGCAUAAACCAAGUUACAUGUCUGGAGGAUCUACUCUCAAUUCUACUGCUCGUUCAGUCAGCAAUGCCAGUGAUCAUUAUGCUAUUGUCCAUUCUAGACCAGGCAGCAGGUACUCGCAACAUUCCAGCAAAGAGCCAUUGCACAAAAGCUCUGGAGGCUCCAUUCUUUCAAAUGGUCAUCAUAACCAUUACAACUCAAGGAUAUAAAGACAAAAAUGAGCUGUCUUUCAGCUACUGACUUUGUAGGUGUUGGAUUUAUGGACAUAAGGUUGUGGAAUGCUGAUUCGCGCCACGCAUGCUUGCCUGCCAAAUAAAAAAAGGAUGGGUACAUUGUGAGAACUUCGUUAUACUCAUGUGAUAGCAUUCCGACAACUUAAUUUUCCAACAGCAGAACUAUCCGUCCACAAGACUUAAUAAAUACGAGUUAGGAAGGAGUGAGAAAUACUAACUUCUUUUAAGAAUGGUGUAUCGCAUGUAGAAAAUAGUUUACCAGGUUUAGUACCUAACAACAAUGAAAUCCUGAAAGAAAAUGCUAUCGUCCAUUAAUUUCUCUUAGAGAAAUGACUUUAAAUAAUGCAACAGGAGCGAUACAUGUAAUUGAAUUCUUUAAUAUGUCAGUAACUGAUUUCUCAAAAAUAACAAGAUGAAAUUAAACGUUCUUCUUAUGUAUCCAGAAAGUCUUUAAUUUCAAAUGAAGCUUUAAGAUUUCUAUAUUCAGAAUUUCAUCACAGCUUUAAAGAUCCAACAAAAGGAAAGUUUCCAUUCAAACUUGAAAAUAUUUUACUUUACUUGAUAUGUACAUCAUAUCGUUUAAGGAAAUCUUAUAAAAUAAAACUGAUAAUUGAAGUUAGUAAUCUGAAAAAUAUUAAAUUCUCAUGCUGCUAAUUUUUGUAACCUAAAAGUUUGCAGCAAAUGUUUAAAAUUUAACUUUAUUUGAAAAUUUACAUAAAAUGAAACUUUUUUGUGCCAUGUACUUCAAUUUCAGUUUACUAGAAAUAUGCCUGCGUCAAGUUGAAAUAGAAAUUCUUAUUACAAAUUUCAUAUUGUUUUAAUUUAGAUUUUAAUUAUUUUUAUUAUUUUAGAAUCUAAUCUCAGUAAUAUCAAAUUCUUAAUUUUUAUAAUAAUAUAUAUUUAAUCAUUAUUAGUGUAGACCACAAUUUGCACCGAGUUAAAAUGCAUUAAAUUUCGAAAUAUGAUUAUCAUUACAAGUUUCAGUGAUGAAUAGUGAAGCAGUUAAUUAGUGAUAGCUUAUGAUUUUAAUUUAAUCCUACUGAAAUUUAAAUAACCAAUGACAGACUGUUUUGAUUAAGUGUUUCUGAUGGAGUAAAGCAGAGCUUACUGCACAUAAAGUGCAUCAGUGAAAGACAUCAUCAUCAUUUUAAUUUUUCAUCAUCAUAUUUGGCAUUAUACUCUCACUAUUAGCUUCAUUAAUAAUUAUGAAGGCAGUCUGUUUUGUGUUGUACUACUUAUGGUUUGUGUAAUAAUUUAGGUGCAUAAUUCACACUAGCACAAUUCAGGUUGUAAUAUUUUAUUUUAAACAUCUCAUACUUAUCUAUCUGUAGAUUUGAAAUGCAUUUAGCAAAAUUGUUGCUGUACAAAAAAUUAUGUUUGUAAGAAAAGUUCUGGAUAAUGUAGAUGCAUUUAAGUAAAUCUUAUUUAUCAUCUGAUCUGUCUUCAAAACUGUAAAAGUACUAUGUGAAAAUGUUGUGUUGAACAAAUGUAAAUAUGUUAUUUUUGUAAUGACAUUAAACAGUUUUAAUGUAAAAGUUCAA